AUGUCCAACGGCAGCUCCAUCACCCAGUUCCUCCUCCUAACAUUUGCCGACACACGGGAGCUGCAGCUCUUGCACUUCUGGCUCUUCCUGGGCAUCUACCUGGCUGCCCUCCUGGGCAACGGCCUCAUCAUCACUGCCAUCGCCUGUGACCACCGCCUCCACACCCCCAUGUACUUCUUCCUCCUCAACCUUGCUGUCACUGACCUGGGCUCCACCUCCACCAUUAUCCCUAAAGCCAUGGCCAACUCCCUCUGGGACAUCAGGGCCAUCUCCUACUGGGGAUGUGCUGCCCAGCUCUUGGUGUUUGUCUUCUUGAUUGCAACAGAGUUUUCCCUUCUCACCGUCAUGGCCUAUGACCGCUACGUUGCCAUCUGCAAACCCCUGCACUACGGGACCCUCCUGGGCAGCAGAGCUUGUGUCCACAUGGCAGCAGCUGCCUGGGGCACUGGGUUUCUCACUGCUCUCCUGCACACGGUCAGUACAUUUUCCCUACCCCUCUGCCAGGGCAAUGCUGUGGACCAAUUCUUCUGUGAAGUCCCCCAGAUCCUCAAGCUCUCCUGCUCAAACUAUCUCAGGGAGGUGGGCCUUGUUGUGGUUAGUAUCUGUUUAGUGUUUGGUUGUUUUGUUUUCAUUGUGGUGUCCUAUGUGCAGAUCUUCAGGGCCGUGCUGAGGAUCCCCUCAGAGCAGGGACGGCACAAAGUCUUUUCCAUCUGCCUUCCUCACCUGGCCGUGGUCUCCCUGUUUAUCACCUCUGGCAUGGUUGCCUACCUGAAGCCCCUCUCCAUUUCCUCCCCUUCCCUGAACCUGCUGGUGUCAUUUCAGUACUCAGUGGUGCCUCCAGUUCUGAACCCCCUCAUCUACAGCAUGAGGAACCAGGAGCUCAAGGAUGCCCUAAGGAAACUAAUGACUGGUUGCUUUUCAGAAGCAGCAGUGAAACCCCCAUCAGCUUUUGCACAUCGCUCGUAA